UUUUUUGUUAUUUUUUGUUAUUUGUGGUGUUUUUAUGAUUUUACGGAGUUUUGGGAAAUUUAUGGAAAUUUUGUAAAUCCGUCAAUCCUGCACACCGGUGCGGAAUUAGACAAAAAAAUGAAAAAAUUAAAAAAUCUCCAAAAUAACUAAAAUUCCGUAAAAUAAUGUAAAUAAAUGUAAAAUAAUUAAAUUUCUGUAAAAGAUGUAAAAUAGUGUUGAAAUUGUGAUGAGAUGUGGAAUCGCAUUAUUGUUAAUUUUUAAUUCAGUUUAUUCUUUACCAAAUUGCAGUGAAAUUAAUACCAUCAAACCUUGCAUAUACAAUGGACCCAAACAAAAGAGAAUAUUCCCGCUUAAAUCUUUAUCGCCUAACAGUGUUGAGAGGAGUGCUGAGAUAACUGAGGAGAAUUGGAACAACGUAACCAGGGGACACAUCCACUUUCUCUAUCGCUCUCAAGGCCCCUACGGAUCUCUAGGCACAUCACAACACAACUCCCACAAUUGUAAUUCCUAUCACACUCACAAUAGUGUUAACACUGAUGAUAGUGUUAAUAGUGUGAAUAGUGUGGAUGGUACGAGAUUAACUCCUAUACGAGAACACCCGAUGAAAAAAUGUAUUCCGAUACCGCAUUUGAGGCAUGUGCAGUAUGUAAUGAGUAUAGGUGUUGGAACACCUAAGCAGGAGAUUUACCCGAUAAUUGACACUGGGAGUACAAACACUUGGGUUAUCUCGGAACAGUGCAAUUCUAUCACCUGUUCCGGUGUUCCCACUUUUAAUAGUAGGAAAUCCUCCACAUUCAGUCCCGUUAACGAGGGACUCAGGAUCCGAUUUGGUACCGGGACUAUUAAAGGCGUUUUAGGCAUUGAUAAUGUUACUAUUGGUCAGGACACCAUUGAAAAACAAAUCUUCGGACUCGUCAAUGAAGAAUCCUCAAAUGUUUUUAAGGUAAUAAAAUUUCAGGGUAUAAUUGGGCUUGGAUUUCCCAAAUUAGCGUUUGACCACCACACCUCACUCUAUGACAACUACUCCAAACAAAUCAACGCAGACCUCAUCUUCUCUCUCUACUUCUCCAAUCAAUAUUCGUAUGUGAUGAUUGGAGGAGUGGAUGAGCGAUUUUAUGUGGGUGACUUGUAUAUGUUACCGGUGGUUAGGGAAUACUAUUGGGAGAUAAAGCUCUAUGAGCUUUGGGUUGGGAAUGUCAAACUCUGCUGUGACGACGAGUCUUAUGUCAUUUUCGACUCUGGGACUUCUUUCAACACCAUGCCACAUGAUCAAUUUUUAUACUUUAAACAUAUCGUCUCUCCCAAGAUUUGUCAUGUGUUGGACGAUGUGUUGGAAUAUCCUGUGAUUCGAUAUGUGUUUGAUGGUGGUGUGGAGCUUAGGUUAGAGCCUAGUGAAUACAUUUUCUUACAUAAGAACAAGUGUCGUAUUGCUUAUAUGCAAAUCGAUGUUCCUUCCAGCUACGGACGCGCUUACAUUCUUGGCACUCAAGCCUUCAUGACACAUUUUUACACCGUCUAUCAAAGAGAUCCGGCAAUGGUUGGAUUUGCUAGAGCUGUAGAUUCAUCACAAUUGGACCCAAGCAUUAAAGCACUCUUUAACCGCAAUUAAUCUUUACUCCUCA